AUGCCAAUGGCCAAGGAACACGCAGCGCUGCUAGGAAGACGAGCAACGGGCCUCCGCCCUGCCAAUUCGCCUGCCCCGGCGGAUACGGAUGUCUUUGUUGUCGACAACAAUUGGAUCACAGAUCACACUGCGCCUCAGGAACCUGACCACGAGGGCAACGUAAACAACUUCCUCACUCCCGAUCAGAUUGUCAAGGAGGAUACUUCUGCCGCAAUCAUGAACACCGUCACCCCCGAGUCUACUACCGCCGCCCUGGCCAAGGACGUUCCCCUCGAGAAGAAGGAGGACGAGCUCCCCCAGGCUACCCCCUCCGACAUCCCCGGUGGCUUCCCCAUCACCCCCGCCGCCAACGAGCUCGACAAGUCCUUUGGCGUCAACCCUCUUCCCGCACAAGAUGUCACUGCUGAGCCCGUGACCGUCGCUCCCGGCGAACCUCUUCCCCCGUCUGCGAAGGCUGGCGACAUCAACGACCAGGUCAAGCUUGACAAAGAGGCCUACGAGGACUCUAGCGCUCUGCCCGGUCUGUCCAAGGAGGAAACCACCCUCCCCGCCGUGACCAGCAACGCCAUCCCCGAGUCCAGCUUGCCCAUUGCGACCACGGAUGUCACCAUCAAUAGCGCCGCUCCUACUUCCACCACUGCAGCGUUGGCCGCCGAGGUUCCCGUCGAGACCAAGACGGCUGAGGUCCCCGAGGUUGUCAAGGAGAGCCAGGAGAAGGCUCACGCCGAGCCAGAGGCUAGUGCGAACCCCGAGGCUGUCCAGGACAAGGCCGUUGUUGAGGAUGAGCUCCUUGACAAGGUCGCCCCCGAGGUGCCCACCGUUGUAAAGGAGUCCAUCGCCGAGUCUGGCAAGAGCCCCGAAGCCGCUGCCAACACCGAGGCUGUCAUCGAGAAGAAGGAAGUUGAGGCUGAGCUCCUCAAGGAGGUCAAGACCGCCCCCGCUAUCGGCGAGGAAGCUGAGAAGGCUAAGAUCGAGGCUGAGAAGGCCAAGGUCGAGUCUGAGAAGCCCAAGGUCGAGGCUGCGAAGGAGGAGGUCAAGGAGACCAAGGAUGAGGUCAAGGAGACCAAGGAGGAGGUCAAGGAGGGCGACAAGACCAAGACUGAAGCUGUCAAGGAGGAGGCUAAGCUCGCCAAGGAGGAGGUCAAGGACGCUGUCACCAAGGAUGACUCCAAGAAGGAGGUCAACGGUGCUAACGGUGCCAACGGCGCUCACACUAUCACCACCACCACCACUACCGCUACCGCCAACGGUACCAACGGUGCUACCCUCGCUGCCGCCAAGGAGCCCGAGGUUCCCACAACUCCCGCCAAGGCUCCUUCCUCCGUUCCCGAAUCAACAACACCAAGCCACAGCAAGGUGGCCGAGAGCCCGUCGGGCGUCGAGAAGAAGAAGAAGAACCGUCUCAGUGCCUUCAUUGGCAAGCUCAAGAGCAAAGUGCACAGCAAAUGA